AUGGAUGAGCUUCGGAUUGCGAUACGAGAAGCAGAGAUUCUUCACAGAAUGAGCAACUGGGGUCUUUUCUCUACCUUCGAUGGUUCUUAUGAUCCAAGAACUUCCAACGGAAAGCUUGACGUCGACGAGCUACGGCGGGCGAAGCUCGAAGAACAGAAACGCGAUUUAGCGAGGUCGCGAGCGAGGAAAGAAAAUCGAGAGUUCGAGGUGGUGCUGCGAGAGGUGGAGUUUGAGGUUAUGGUUCAACUAGGAAAAAUCUUGGCGAAGACUAUUGAUCCCGUGCUGAAAGGAUUGAAGAAGGUGGAGGGUGAAGAAGGAGAGGUUUGUGGGGUUUGUCAAGAGGAGAUAGAGAUGGGAGAGGAAGUUAGAGCUAUGGAGUGCAUGCAUAGGUUUCAUGGGUUUUGUAUAGUUCAGUGGUUGAAGAGGAAGAAGAAGACUUGUCCUUUGUGCAGAUACGAGAUGCAAAUCCAGUAUCCCUGAUUUUGAUGAUGAUUUCUAUAGCAGAGUUCUGUUUCUCUCUC